GUGGUACACGGAAGCAGGAAUUAGAUACUUGUCAAAGCCCUCAUCCUGUCGACCUGGAUUUGUCAACGCAGAUUUGGCCGUGAGUACAUCGGGGAGACGGACUGAGAAGAUUUGAUGGUUUGUGUUUUCACUGUUGUGUAGACACAAUGAGGACCAUUUUCCUGCUACUCUCAGUAUAUCUGUGUUGCUACUUGGUCACGGGGGCUCCUUCACAAAAUGAAGUGAACUCAGCCUCUAAGGUGGGACAAAGCCAACCAGAUAAGCCAAAUCAGGAUCACAGCCUACCAUCAAACUCCAAUGUAGCUGGUGAUGAUGGAGAGGCAGGUAAUAGUGACAACCAGCCACAAAUCAAAACAGCUGAUGAAUCCACGAUGAAAUCCGGAAAUCAGGAACAGCCUGCUACUGUUACCAAGGAGAAGCUGCAAGUUAACAAAAUAACAGAGAAGAAAAAGAAAGUAGACCUACCAAACAUAGAUGACGGAAAGACACAAGAUGGCAGUGACCAAAACGCACAAACCGCCAGUGACAAAAAAACACAAAAAAGCAGUGACGGGAAAACACAAGAUGGCACUGACAAAAAACCACAAAAUGUAGGUGACGGGAAGACACAAGAUGGCACUGAGCAAAAACCACAAAACGCAGGUGACGGAAAGACACAAGAUGGCACUGAGCAAAAACCACAAAACGCAGGUGACACGAAGACACAAGAUGGCACUGAGCAAAAACCACAAAACGCAGGUGACGGAAAGACACAAGAUGGCACUGAGCAAAAACCACAAAACGCAGGUGACGGAAAGACACAAGAUGGCACUGAGCAAAAACCACAAAACGCAGGUGACGGAAAGACACAAGAUGGCACUGAGCAAAAACCACAAAACGCAGGUGACAAGAAGACACAAGAUGGCACUGACCAAAAACCACAAAACGCAGGUGACGGAAAGACACAAGAUGGCACUGAGCAAAAACCACAAAACGCAGGUGACGGAAAGACACAAGAUGGCACUGAGCAAAAACCACAAAACGCAGGUGACGGAAAGACACAAGAUGGCACUGAGCAAAAACCACAAAACGCAGGUGACGGAAAGACACAAGAUGGCACUGAGCAAAAACCACAAAACGCAGGUGACGGAAAGACACAAGGUGACAGCGACCAAAACGUACAAACUGCCGUUGACGACAAGGAUGGCAGUGACCAAAAUGUACAAAACACGGCCGACGACAAGACACAAGAUGGCAGUGACAAAAAGACUGAAAACAGUGGUGACGGGAAGACGGAAGACGCUAGUGUGAACAAAUCAGAAGACAAGGACACCAAGAAGGAAAAUGGGGUGCCAGAAGAAGAAGGCAGCAAAAACGGAGAGAAAAAUAUAUAUAAUUCUGGAAUAAGGGACGAGGCAGAAAGCAGCCAUUUCUUUGCCUACCUUGUCUGUGCAGCUGUGCUGGUUGCGGUGCUUUACAUCACUUACCACAACAAGCGCAAGAUAAUUGCCUUUGUUUUGGAGGGAAAGAGAUCCAGAUCCACACGUCGACCUAAAUCCACAGAAUACCAGAAGCUGGAACAGCAUAUGUGAUCUCAAAUCGUUCCCAUGAAACCAUUGCCUCAAGCAGCUGAAUAAACUGCGGAUUGUGUGAGAAGAUGGCGAGUGAAUAUUGGCAGUAGAUGUUUUCUUGAUGUGCUCCACAUUGAUUUCACCUCGUGUUCUAUUUUGUACCUUUUAGAUGCUUAUUGCAUGACUAUGCAGAUGACAUUGUUGCCUUAUCGAGGGACUUAGUGAAAUGUGUGAAGGUAAAAUAAGCAUGUUGUUUUUGCACUUGUCCUUAUUCCACUUUUUAGGCAAUCUUGUAAUUUGACCUGACUAAGGUCCUGACUCAGGAUAUUUCGGUAGCAGAUGAAAUAUUAGCUGUUUGGAUUCUAGCCUUGUUUGUACAGUACAUUAGUGAUUGCACUGUGUACCCUAAAUAAGCCAUCUGAAUCUUUGUAAAAUUCUGGCUGUGUAGAAUUUCUUAUGUGCAGAUGUUUUAAAUGUGUAUUAUAGUAUAGUAUAAAAUGUCUCCAGGUUCCUCUUAGAUGUGCAGAAGUAUUGCAAUGGGAUUUCUGCUCAGAAAUGCAUGGUGUUGGCCAAAUGAAUGUAGCUUUUUUUCCUGAGAGAUGCUCACACAGUGGUCACCCACUUCAGCUUCUUAAUGCUGAUAGAUAAACAGAUCAAGUCUGCUUAAAGAAAUUGUCUAUAAUUUAAAAAAAAAAAAAGCUCUUUUGCUGAGAUUUGGAUGAAAAGAUCAACACUGCAGUAAGGUCAGCAUAGCAUAUUUCCACAAAUGUUGAGUUAGUCCUUUAACGUACAAAGAAGUAACCAACUGACGUUGUAACUGCUGUCAGGGUGUUGGAUACAUAUGUCAGUGUUGCUUGUUAUAUCCUGAAUGUCAUGAAAAACAGUCUGUGUGGUGUGGCUGGUGUUGUUCAAAUGUUUCUUAUCUGGAAACUUGUUGGUCUAUUUACUGUUUUGCUGCCCAGCACCUUUGUUACCGGUUAUUCCUCUAACUCGUAGCACUUGUUGCUUUGCAUUGAAUCUCUAGUCUGAAAUGUUGAUUAUUCUAACCAAAAAGUAUUUUGUAAAGCAGAAACUGGCCAACAGCUGCAUUGUUUUGACCUUUGGAAGUGCACUAUUUGGUGGGGUGGGGGGGUAUGUCUCUGGGGACAGGUUGACCACUAAUAUAUUAGAUUUAAACUUUCCUCUUGGAGAUGUGUGUGUUGUGCCAAAUUGUAAAUGAUUUUACUGUGAUUCAAUGUGUGACUCUUGUAUUGUGCCUCUUUCAUAAAUUAAUAUAUUUUUACGGGGGCAGUUGUCAUAAUCUGUGGAAAGCCCUUUCUGUAGAAAGGAAAAGAGCUAUGUAUGACCCAGUUGUUUCUUGGCAGAAUUAGAGACCAUAUUAUGUCCCAAAAAUAUAUAUAUUUGAAAUCUGCAAAGAAAAUAAUCUCAUUUUUCUAACAAUACAUGGCUCUUUUGUGAGUGAAAACACACUAGAAUUAGUUGGAAUAUAGAAUAAUUCUUUCAUACAAGCUAGCUAAAAUCAGCAUGUUAAAUGACUUUGCAGUAGGGUUAGGGUUAGUAUAAGUAUAUAGUAUAUUUGUUUCACUUUGCCAGGAAUGGCGGUCCACACAAACAUCCUGCUGUCCAUCAGAUGUUUCAUUGCUGAACAAAUUGGCUAUUGAUUCUAAAAUAAAUGCUUUUUGUACUUUGUAGCCUCAAA